AUAAUCAUCACUGGAAAUUUAAAUGUGCAAUUUCGUGUUAUAAAAUGUAUUUGUACAAUAAAAUUUUGCUCCGCCCCUCAACUUCAGAACUAUUAAAUCUACAUCACAGAAUAUACGCUCAGACAGUUCAAUAAAACAUUAAUCAUGUCGAGCAUUGUUUUUUCAUUGCUCUCUUUGAGUAUAGCCUAUGUGUUACAAACGAUAGACUACAUAGCUUUAGAAAUAACGGGAUUAUACUUACUGAAACCUUUGGUCUUAGGAAUAGUGACCGUAGUAUUAGCUGUUCUUUCAGCUAUAAGUGUUGUCACCUUACCGUCCAAGGAUGUCGCUCUCACAUCCUCUGUAGUUUUUAUUACCUGUGCAUUCUGGUCAGCUAUGGGAAUGUCAGAUAUAUCCAAGGAAAUCACUCCUAUGUUAUCACAAAAUAUCUCAGAAGAAACUUUCAAGCAGAUGGAAGUAUUACUUCCUGGUCACGGAGUUCUUAUAGUUUUAUUUGCAAUUUUCUCCUUUCUUUUGCUCCUGUUCAACCAUCAGAAAGAUCACGUUGUGUUUAUGAGUUUAUCAUUGUUGUCUUCUGCUUGUUUUAUUACCAAUAUGUGGACAAAUUUAAAAGGACGUAGUGUUACUUUCUUAUCGCUGGCCUUCAUAACGUCUUACAUUAGCGCGAGAACAUUUUUCCAUUCCUUCACAAAAAAUAUAAAUAACUUAGAGGAACUUGAUUUUCAAAACAAACGAGUUAUAAGAUACGCUCUAAAUGCUCUCAGCCUGUCACCCUGGAUCUUGAAUAGUUUAGCAGUAACCGAGAGCUCCACCACAGGUUUUGUUUGGCCCCUUUCUUCUGGCUUAUUUCUUCUUUUUCACGGGCUUUCUGGACUAAGAUGGGGCGACAUUACAGUAUCUACUUGCUCAAUAAUAGAUGGUCUAUUUUGGACUUCAGUGGGUGGGAGCAUGUACGUGGAACUCUUAAAACAAUAUUUAGACAUUUUCUCUCCUGCUGUUUCAAUCCCAGUAUCUUUUAUUGUUUUAUCUGUAGCUGUUGUAUUCGUUCAAACUGAAAUCUUGCUUUCAUUUCAAUAUUUCUUGCUUUCCAUCUUGAUUCUGACCUUAAACUUUGACAAUAACGCGAAGAUUGCCGUUUCAACCUUCGCUUGGUUAUCUUUUAUUCUGAAUGUUUAUGGAUAUGUAUCCUAUUUAUGUAAAUCCUUUUCAUUCAAAAUUAAUUUUCCUGUAGGACAAAACGGGCUGGAGAAAAUACUUUCAAAGAUGUUUGCCAACAAAAAAUUUAUGAAAAAUAGAGUUGGAGUAAACACCAUUUCUGAAAACUUGUUUGAAACAAACACAGUGUUAGGCUUUUCUAAGUAUGCUGAAUCAGAGAGUCUAGGAUAUCUUGCAAAUGUUGUUACCGUUCUAGCGUUUGUCUGGGUUCCUCAAGAAAAUUCGUUUCUCUCUUUGCCCUGGAUUAUAACGUACGGAUGCUGCCUCCAGUUUGUUGUUGGUUUUAUAUGUUUUUCGCGGGGACAAACAUUUGAAAGUUCUUCUUUUUUAAUUUUUGCUUCCUUUUGGUUAAUAUGGGGAGGUUUACGGUCGCUUGGUCUUUUCAAAACUGAUCUAGGUAUGUCUUUGGGUGUAGGCAUAUGUAGCUUUUUAUUGAUAGGUCUACUUUUUGCUGGUAUUUCUAUAAAUGUUAACAAAAUUUGGACAAGCAUAUUUCUGUGUUUUGAUCUGAUGUUGCUAGCAACACUUUUGCAAGUGUUAGGGAUCAAUGAUGGAUUCAUGAUUGAACGGAUAUUUGGCACUGCCCUUUCUAUUUCGUUUGUAUAUGCUUUUCUGUCGUCCAUUAUUAAAAUGACCUACGGCAAAGAAAUAAUCCCUUUUGGAAGGCCUCUAAAAGAGAUCAAUAAGAUCCAAAAGUACAAGGACCAGAUGUUAUGGGCACCUGCAAGGAGGGCAAGUGGUGUAAGGAAAAUAGCUGAGAAACUUAAAACUGGUGGCAUAUGUGGAAUUCCAUCCGACACCGUUUAUAUUCUAGUAGCGUGUUGUAACCAACCAGAAGCUGUAAAGCGAGCCUACAAGUCUAAAAAACAGGCAGAAGAUCGUCCUAUGUCCCUAUGGAUAUCGAACUUUCGACAAAUAGAAGCUGCAAAAAACGAGUUUAGUUCUCUUCUCUGGGACUUUCUCCAUGAAAUAUGGCCGUCCAAUGUAUCAGCUGUUUUAAAAAGAGGUGACUGGGUGAAAUCUCUUGGAUUGGGCGAAUCUGAAAAGUACUUGGGUCGUCCAGAUAGCAUUGCGAUGCGAAUCCCAGACAGUACUAUAACAUGCCAUUUAAUAGAUCAAUGUGGUCCUGUAGCUGUGACUUCAGCAAAUCCCACUGGAGAGGGAGACACCACCCACCACGCCCAAGUCUUGGCAAAACUUGGGUUGCAAAAUUGUGAUGGCAUCUUAUGUGAUGGACCAUCAAGAGAGAAUGCCAUAUCCACCGUCGUAGACUGCCGUGAUAUCGACAAUGGAAACCUUGCAUUCUUUAGAAUCGGACUGACUCCUAAAUCUACAAUAUUAAACAUUUUUGAGACACUGUUGAAGAGACAUGGGAAAAUGCCGAAAAGUAAUACAAAUGGCAUCACCCCGGUUAAUGGUGUUUUCGAAGAAGAAAUUAAUGAAUAAAAACUUAAACACUUAAAUUCAUGAAAAGAUAUUGAAAUAAAGGAUUUUGUUGUUA